AUGGCAUAUUCAACACUUGCUUCCGCUAAACGGCCACGCACAUCUUCUUCCUCCUCCUCCUUGACUCCAUCUGAACCAACACAACCACAGGAGGAUGUGAACCCGCCAUUCAAGGCCUCUCGAAUUGUACCUCUCACGACAAUCUCUUCAUCGGAAUCUGGUCAAACCGAUGCAGUUGUGAAUCAUCCCAUACUGUGCAAUCUACCUCCAACUUGCAGCCAUAAACCAACCCCGAUCGCUGAUACGAACGAACUGGAAAAGCACUAUGCAAAAUAUCACGCACACGUAUGCGAGGUCGGAAGGUGCGGCUGCGUCUUUCCAGAAGCCAGGCUAUUGGAACUGCACCAGACGGAGUGUCAUGACCCUAUCGCUGCCUUGAGGAAAGACAGAGGAGAGAAGAUUUUUGAAUGCCAUGUUCCGGCCCCAACCUGUGGUCGUAGCUUCCUGACACCGAAGGCCCGACGUCUACACCUAAUACAAGCCCAUGCGUUCCCAAAGGAAUAUUUCUUCGCGGUCACAAACAAGGGAGUUGGCGGAUUGUUGAAAAAAUGGGGUGAAGGUGCAAGUCUAGUUAGGAAGGAGUGGAAACCCAGGAGCAAGCAACAAAGGGAUGGCGCAAACGUUCACAGAGAGGAUGCACGUAUGGAUGAAGACGAAGAAGAAGAAGACAGUGAAGAGCAAGAUGAGGACGACGAAAUCCUCGAUGAAGACGAAGAUACUCGCGAUCUCGAUGCAACGCCUCGCAUGCAGCCUAGGCGCAUCACUUCGCCAGGAUCUUCUGAUCGCACGCAUUCCAACCAUACUCCACACGAUAACGCUGGAGUAGCAGCCUUGACCGACUCGCUCAAUUCUCUGUCUCUCGUCCCCAAUUCGGUUCGAUUCGGAAGAGGGGGGAAGACAAGCGGUUUUGCACCCAAUAACCAGGUACGCGGAGGAAAACGUGGACGGGGCAAGCCACAAACCAGAGGAGCCUCUCACACCGCUCAAUACCAAACGAUGGAGGUAGACCCUGUGCCAGAAGCCGGUCCACCUGGGAGAAGGACAGGAAACGACCUUGGUCGUUCUACUAUCAACAGCACCUUCGUUCCUCCAAUAAUCAGAGGUCGAGGCGUCCCAAACCGAGCGAGAGGCAGGGCGAGAGGUCGAGGGCGAGGCGCUUGA